AGGUCACAAGAAGAAGAAGAGGAAGUUUGCCCCAGCUACCCAGCCAGGCAGCAUUGAGAAGGCAUUUGUUUUCAUCCCGGUUACUUUUUUUAUAUCUGGUUAUGUGUGGUAUUCAUGCCCAGUGAAGACAAGAUCUCCCCAGGACACUAAUUAACCUUCCAUCACAUCGCAGAGAUGGGCAGCAGGAGUCGCACGCGUUCCCCGGCUAGUGACCGAGAGAGGAGUCACGGGAGGCACCGGGAUAGAGAGAGGAGCAGCAGACACCACCAUAAGUCCAGGCACCACAAGUCCUCAAAGGGCAGAAGCAGAGACAGGAGCAGGGAGAAGAGUGUGAGCAGAGAUCGCCACAGGAGAGAGAGGAGCAGGAGUCGAAACAGGAGCGACCAACAUCACUCCAGAGAAGACAGGCACUCUCGGAAGAGGGAGAAGGAUGGAGGCAGCAGACAGAGGGACCAUUCUAGCUCUGAGGAUGAUUAUAGAAGCAAGAGGAGGUCCCACAGGGAAAGGGAAACUGACAAACGUUCAAGAAAGACUUCAGACAAUACAAGUGCAAGAGAUCACUCCAGCUCUGAGGAUGAGUAUAAAAGUAAGAGGAAAUCUCAUCGAGAAAGAGACACUGAUAAACGCUCAAGGAAGACUUCAGAACGUGCAAGUGAUGAUGAGACUCUUGAGAAAAAUAAUGGCAGUACAGUGAAACAAAAAGCAUCAGAAGCCACAGAUGUGACCCGUAAGGAUGAUCACCAUGUAAAAGCUAAUAAAGACACAAAGGAUUUAAAGGACAAGAGUCAGUCUUCAAAACAUAACAAGAAAUCAGAAGAGAAGAAUGUGAGAGAGAACCGAACCCCAGACAAAGAGAAAGCACCAAAGGAUACAGCAGAAAAGGAACAUAAGAAAAAAGAUACUACAGAAAAUGAACCAAAGAAAAAAGAGACAGUAGAGAAAAGUGAAAAGCCAGCUGAAUCCAAAAGUUCCAGGUCAGAAGAAUCCAAGGAGAUGAGAAGUGAGAAAAAGAAGAGAGAGGAAAGUCUUGAGAAACAGACUAACAGAUCGGAGCCCAAAGAGCAACAAGAAAAGACCUCUGAGAAAAAGUUAGAGGAAAAAAUUGUUCCAGAAAGUAAGAAAAAAGAUGAGGAAGAGGAGAAGAGUGACAGUGAGAAACAAGAAAAGCAUGAGAAGAAGAAAAGCUCUAAAAGAAAAAGUGAAGCUGAGGAACAGAAGAAGAAACACAAGAAACAAAAGCAUAAGAAACACUCAUCGAGUAGCGAGAGUGAAGACGAAAGCGGCGAAGACAACAGCAACAAGAAACCACAAUAUGACAGCGAUGAAACCACAGAACAGGAGUUGCUGAGAAAAAAGAGACAACUAGAAGAACAGCUGCAAAUUGAAGAGGAAAUACAGCAGCGAACCAAAGCAAUAGAGAAGGAACGGGAAGCAAUUCGAGCCAAGAAACUGAAAUCCACAAUCAACUCGGAAGUAACGAAACCCACUGAGAAGGAGAAGUCACCUCACUCCAGGUCUCGGUCACGCUCCCCAGGAAGAUCAGAGGAACGUAAACAAACCAGGGAUGAGAGAAGCAGCAGAAGCGAUAAGAGGUCAAGGAAUUACUCAUCAGAUGAAGCGGAGGAACCACAGAUAGGUGCACGAUACUGGGGUGGUGAUACUUCCAAGGAAACAUCCCAGUCACAGAAAUCAAAAGCAUUCAAGACGAGCGACACUUACUGGAACAAGUAUGCCGACAAGCUGGGCAUUCAGAUUGAAGACCCAAGGAACUCUGAUGCAGAUUAUGAAAAGAAGAAGGACAAGGACAGGAGGGAAGAUAAAAGGAGAGACUCAUCAUCAGAUAGGCCAAGUAGAUCUGAGGAAAGCUCAAGAAAGGAUAGUAAGAGAAAAGGUGAAGGAAGUGAGAAGAAUAAUGUGGAGUCUUCCGGUAAAGGUUCUGAUGUCCCUGCAGCACCACUCAUAAAGAAACCAGUGAUGGAUCCUCUCACCACAAGAACUGGCGGAGCAUACAUCCCACCGGCUAAACUGAAAAUGAUGCAGGCACAGAUCACAGACAAGUCCAGCGAGGUGUUCCAACGGUUGGCAUGGGAGGCGCUCAAGAAGUCCAUCAAUGGCCUCGUCAAUAAAGUCAACGUCUCAAACAUCGGGAUCAUUGUUAGAGAGUUGCUGAAGGAGAACAUAGUGCGGGGGCGAGGCGUGCUGUGCCGGGCCCUGAUGCAAGCGCAGGCAUUCUCACAAACCUUCACCCAUGUCUAUGCAGCACUGGUGGCCAUCAUCAACACAAAGUUCCCUCAGAUAGGCGAGCUACUCCUGAAGCGUUUGGUCAUCCAGCUGAGGCGAGGUGUCAAGAAGAAUGACAAGAACGUGUGCAUGUCCUGCUGUCGGUUCAUUGCUCAUUUGGUCAACCAGCAAGUGGCUCAUGAGGUUGUGGCUCUGGAGAUCCUCACCUUCCUCCUGGAGCGAGCCAAGGACUUCACCUCAGAAUCAGAAGUGGCCGAGAAAUCCAGGAACGAUUCGUGUGAACUUGCCAUCCUGUUCAUCACCGAGUGUGGCGAGAAGCUGAAUGAGGUGAGUCCGAGAGGGAUGACAAUCAUUCUGGAGACUUUCAGGCACAUUCUUCAUGAGGGAAAGCUGGAGACCCGAGUGUCGUACAUGCUGGAUGUCUUAUUUGCUGUUGUGAAGGACGGGUUUGGAGACCAUCCUGCUGUGGCCGAGGAACUUGACCUGGUGGAGGAGAACGAACAGUUCACUCACAUUGUGGAGCUUGAUGGGAAACUGGACUCCCAGGACAUCCUCAACGUGUUCAAGGCUGACCCAGAUUACGUGGCAAAUGAGGAAAAGUACAAGGAGAUCCGCAUAGGUAUCCUGGGAGAGGAGAGCGACGAGAGUGAGGCGGAGAGCGGCUCUGAGAGUGAUGACGAGGCCUCCGAUGAUGAUGAGGAGGACGAGGAGAAGAAGGAAUCUGAGACCAUCCUGGACGAGACGGAGACCAACAUGGUGGCCUUCCGCCGCACCGUAUACCUCACCAUUCAGUCGUCACUGGAUAUUGACGAGUGCGCUCACAAGUUGCUGAAGGGAGAGAUCAAGCCAGGCUGGGAAUCUGAACUGUGCAACAUGAUUCUGGAUUGCUGCGCCCAACAACGCACGUACGUCAAGUUUUACGGCCUCCUGGCACAACGGUUCUGCAUGAUUAACAAGGUGUACCAGGAGCCAUUCCAACAGAUCUUCAAGGAUGCAUAUGAUACCUGCCACCGCCUGGAAACUGAAAAGCUGAGGAAUGUCACCCGCCUCUUUGCCCACUUGCUGUUUUCUGAUGCCAUAUCCUGGGAGGUGCUGUCCCACAUCCACCUGAAUGAAGAUGAGACAGCCAGCUCUUCAAGGGUCUUCAUCAAGAUUCUGUUCCAGGAAUUGGUAGAGUUUAUGGGCCUGGCCAAACUCAAUGAGAGGCUGCGGGACCCCACAUUGGCCCAUGCCUUUGAGGGCCUCCUGCCUCGGGACAACCCACGCAACACUCGCUUUGCCAUCAACUUCUUCACCUCCUGUGGUCUGGGUGGCCUCACUGAUGACCUCCGCGAGUUUCUUCGCACACAGCCAAAACCUACUGCUGUUGUAGCACCAGUUCAGCAGAUCAGUAAAACAGAGGAGGCUGGGGGUGAAGAUGACGACAGCACUAGCAGCAGCAGUAGUAGCAGUAGCAGUAGUAGCAGUAGCAGUAGCAGCAGUAGUAGCAGUGACAGUAGCAGUAGUGACAGCAGCAGUAGCAGCAGUGACAGCAGUAGCAGUGACAGCAGCACCAGCAGCAGCAGCUCAGACAGUUCAUCAGACAGUAGCAGUGACAGUGGUGACUCGUCAAGUGACUCAGAAGACAGCUCAAGUGACCAUCAUGCAAGCAAAGAUAAUGAACUGAAGAAAAAGAAAAAACACAGAAUGAAAGAUACCAAGAGGAAAAGUUCCAGCGAUAAAACAAAGAUCAGAUCAAGCAAGAAGAAUGAGAGAAGAUCAAGAGAUAGAAAGGCAAGAAGGAGCAAAAGAAGUGACAGUGAAGAAGAGAGCAACACCAGAGGAGAGAGAAGUGGAAGGAGAGAAGAGAGGAGGGAGUCAUAUGAAAGGAGAAGCCAUCACUCUAAAGAGGAGAGAGGUUCUGAGGCUGCAAAGAAAGGGAGGGAAAGGGAAAGGAGAGGAGGCAGCCAUGAGCACAGUGAGAGGGAGGAGAGAAGGCAUGGAAGGUCUCACAGAAGGAAGGAAAAUGACAGAGAAUCGGAUAAUCGUAUCAAGGCGGAUGUGAGGAAGGAGCACAAGAGGAGACACAGCAGCGAUGAGGAGCAGGAGUAUGAGCGCAAGAGGGACAGCAGUGUGGACAGGAGUGACAAGAGGAGAAAGAUGAAGUGAUGCUCUGUCAAUGGAAAGACAGUUGUAGUAGGGAUGCAAGCUUCUGGAUAAGAGAUAAUUUAGCAGCACUGGAAAUAAGACCUUACACAUUAAUUCCUACCUGUAAUGAAGUGAAUUGUGAACUGAUCUUUAAAUAAAAACAGGAAAAAGA